ACCUAGGCUUGUCAGAGACAAUAAGAAUCUGAGUUGGCCCUAUCAAAGCUUACCGCAGUUGGCGUGGCAGUCAUACUGAGGAGUGCCAGGUGCCUGACGCUUGUGCAAGGGGACAAAGUCUGGGUAUUGAAAGGCACUAGCACCAGCCACGAUGCAGGCAAGGGAAGCGACAGUGAACCUCAUGGUGAAUUAACGAGUGAUAUACGUUGAAAGAGUGACAGAAGCAGAGAGGUCGGGGUACUAGCACGAAUGGUGAUGAAGAUGCAGGGGAAAGAAAGGUACAUCGACCGGCUUUAUACAUUUUAGCCCUCCGGAAGGGGGGCCAUGCCUUCUCCCCGAGCUGGUCGAGACUUUGGAGCUAAUGGAACGGUCGGAGCAGGAUUAAUGAACGCCAAUAUCAACUGUCUCACUCAAACCAAAAGCUGGUCGCUUGCAGCACUCUAUGACCCUGGGAAAUUCCAGCCGAGAGUGGGGAAACAAAUGCCGCAGCGGGCUGUGAUUGGCUGGGUCUUGCACGGUCGACCCACGCGCCAUCUUAUCAGAUUGAUACCGAUGACCGGAGAGCCAGCGCUGGGCACUAGGAAACCGUGAUGUCCACUCGUUCUUCCAGUCAGAUUAAUCUAUCACUCUUGGCACAGCUGGCAGGAUCGCUCCUCGCUUGCCAUCCGGAUCUGCAAUUGGAUGCCAACUCCAAAUUAGGCGGUGGCAUGAGCACUCCCAGCCUGCGAGCCGAGAAAACUCUUCCCCGUCACACCUCUCAUGACUCGUUCUAGUCGCUUGGCUGUCGGAGCAAGGACGGAAUGCCAUUAUCAAUCGAUCCUAACCGAGAGAAUGUUACAUCCAAGCCCGGAAAAUACUGGAGAGUGUUAUAGCCUUAUAAACGACACCGGCAUCCCCAGCAUCCCUGCCUCUCGCACACCAAUCUAUAACUUCCUCUCACUCUUUCCAGCCAUCGCUUUCCCAGCUCGUCUAUCAAAUUUGGCAAAAUGAAGGGCUCCCUUGCGCUACUUGUGGCUUUGUCCACCGCCGUGAGUGGCCAGGCUCAUGGUGAAGAAGCUGCAGAGGAGAUGGGCCCUGUCGCCUUUAUGUGGCCGCCGGACCGUGCCUGGGGUGCUGCAUAUGACAACAACGCCCCAUGUGGUUCUAACUCUGGUGUCGUCAACCGAACUGACUUUCCUCUCAUUAACGGUCAUCUCGCCCUCGUCACUCAAGAUGAGUCCUGGAACGUUCAGAUCGCCAUCUCUCAUAAGAACAACCCAACCACCAACGAAGACUUCGACAUCGUCGUCGAAGGUCGUCGGAUCCAGGACAUCGACCCAGGACACAUGUGCUAUCCGGUGCCCAAUCCGGGUGUCGACGCCGAAGAAGGCAUGAAUGCCACCUUCCAAAUCAAGUACACUGCCGACUUUGAGACCGACAAGAACGAGACCUAUUAUGCCUGCGCGGAUGUCACAUACGUCGCGGCCAGCAGGUUCACCUACCAAGUCCCCUGCUUCAACGCCACAAUUGAGGAUUUCACUCUUGCGAACUCGACAGACUCCGACGACGACAGCAGCAGUGACAGCAGCAACAGCAACAGCAACAACAACUCGGGCACUGCAUCAUCCGGCUCCAAUAACGAGACUGAGAGCUCCAGCGGUGGUGGCGGCGGCGGCCUUUCUGGCGGAGCCAUUGCCGGUAUCGUCGUUGGUGCCGUCGCUGCCCUAGUCAUUGCCCUUGUCCUCCUCUUCGGAUACAGGCGACUUCUGCAGAAGUACCGCUCACUCCGCCAGAAGACGUCCGUGAGGAACGUCGACUGGGCUGCUGAGGAGGCAGGCAAGCCGACGGCGGACAACUCUUCGGGGUCUUCGUAUGGUCUCCGUAAGAUCCGAUGAGCUUGCUUUUGCUUCGCUCUAGGUAACCCGCACGUUGCAGGGAUACGACGGUUGCGAUGGACUUGAUGAGAAUGAUGAAACGGCUGAGGAAUAUAUGUCUUUAUGAACAUCUCAUGAAGUAUAAUCGUAGUAUAUAGUCAAUGUCAAUGUCAAUGUAAACAAGAAUGACUUUCUCUAGUUUAGGACAGUCUGUUGCUUUCUUAUUCAAU